UUUCAAACGCUUAUCAAAACAAACAGAUUUCGAAACGAAAAUUAAAAUUUAUUUAAGAAUUAACAUAAAAAAAUUUGCAAAAAAAUUAAAAGCAAAAUAUCAACAAAACAUGAAUUUAUGUGAAGUGUUUCAAGAAAUAAAAUUUGAAAAUUGUAGCAGAAAUUGUGUCAACCUAUAAAAAAUUAUUCAUAAAAAGCAUAAAAUAAACUUUUUACUAUUCGAAAACUACAACAUAGGAAAAUGUCUUCCUCUGAGCAUGAAGUAGACAUUAGCGUUGUUAGCAGUCCUGAGCCGAGUCCGACGGGUUGCGGUCCAGAUGGUCGUGAUAGUCCUAUGCAUUCAAAUUCACCAGCACGUUCAGUUGGUGCCAGUACACCCAAUUCAAAUCAUACCCCCACUUCGGCUCACGGUACACCAAACUCAAGUCGCACUUAUCACAGUAGUCCACCUAUUACAGCAGUACCGCCUACAGUUUUGCAUCACCAUUUGCAACAUCAUUUAAGCACUUUAAGUGGCGGUCAUCCUGUCGCUUUACAUCACGCUUUGCACAGUUUCGGUCACUUAGCGCAUCCGGCUCAUCAGCAUCUAUUACAUCCGGCUGCAGUAACACCAACAGCUGGACAGUUUAUUGGUACCGAACGUCUAAGUCCUCCUCCCAUGGCCGCUGUAGCCCCCAAAUCACCGGGAUCUUCCUCUAAUACCGAGGAAUCUCAAACACAGCAUCUUUCAAAUUCGAAUAAUAAUAACUCUAAAGUGGCCAAUAACAACCAUAACCAUAAUAAUAACAAUACUAAUUGCGGCGAUUUGAAUAACUCUUCCGGUCAAAAUAAUUUACUGUUAGGCGGCAACAACGGCAACAAUAAUAACAAUAGCAAUAAUAAUAAUAAUAAAGUGACAACCGGUCAUGGGUUUACCAGCUUUUCGAUAUCAAGCAUACUUAGUCGUAAUGAACCUGCCAAAAAAAACGGUCCAAAUCUAAUAACACCCAUACCGCAUUUACCGCCGGCCACCGUAGGGGGUGGUGGUCCUCAGGAUGCCGCCAUGCUAUCGAGAUUGGGUUUCAUAUCACAAUGGGGAGCUUUGGCCGGUCGUUACGCUGCUUUAUGUCCGCCUGGCUGGCCUUGGGCAUCGCAACGUAUGCCUUUUCAUAGUCCUACGCACGACAGCUCCUCUACAAAUACUACAGAAAAUCCCUCUUCACCUACUUCGCUUAGCCCUAGCCAUAACGGUCUUAUUAACGGUAACAGUAAUAGCGGUAGCAGCAACAAUAAUAAUAACAACACCAGCAAUAAUAAUAACUCCCAUAGCAACAAUUCUGGCACAAAAUCACCAUCUCCUCACCCCACUGGCUAUCAUAUUAAUGUGGGAUCUUCGGCAAUACAUUCGCAUCAUUCUCAUCAAUUAUCCCAUCACGGCCAUCAAAGCAUCACGCCGAACAGCAGCAACAGUAAUAGUAUGAGUCAUCAUUCAACGUCUCAUUCUUCAGCUAAUUAUAUGCUGCCUACAAGUUCAAAUGAAUCGGAUGACGAGGGCGAAGAAAUCAUCGAAGAAGAUGAUGGAACUGAUGGACCUUCGGACAGUUCGUCGCCGCAAGGUGAUACCAAUCAAACGAAACGUAAAAAGAAAACUCGUACAGUAUUUUCACGGGCUCAAGUCUUUCAAUUGGAAUCAACGUUCGAUUUGAAACGUUAUCUAAGUUCGUCGGAACGAGCCGGUCUAGCAGCUUCUUUGCGCUUAACCGAGACUCAAGUAAAAAUUUGGUUUCAGAAUCGCCGCAAUAAAUGGAAGCGACAAUUAGCUGCCGAAUUGGAGGCUGCCAAUAUGGCGAAUAUGGCUCAUGCGGCCCAACGUUUAGUAAGAGUACCGGUUUUAUAUCAUGACGGUGGUGCUACAAGUUUUGUUCCGCCACCACCACCCCAUCCACAUGCCAUGCAAUAUUAUGCAGCCGCCGCUGCACGCAAUACAAGUCCGCCGCGGCCGCCCCUGUCAUCGUUAGUAUAGGGUGUGGGGUGUUUGACAGCAGCUGCUGUAGCGGCCGCCGCUGUUGGAGCUCCCGUAAAUUGUGGACGACCGUCAACGCCAUCCUCACCCAAUCAUCUAAGGCGAUCCGAUCAGCCACUCUUAUCCACGUCAAUAUAUCAAUCGCCCUCUCUUAUAGCAAGCAAUGCAAUUGAACAAGAAAUGGAUGAUUCCGAAGCAGAGGAUACUGCUAUCGACGUAGAAGCGGAAGAUGAACAUGAAUUGGAAACGGAAAUGACUGAAAAGUUUUU